AUGGGCAAACUGGAGACAGCGAGCUGCGCGUUGCUACUGUACGGGACGUAGCUACGUCGGUGGUUCUAGGGGGAGAGAGCUAGCUGCUGAGAAGGUGGGAGACAGAAAGAAAUAAAGUGAGCAAAAGAAAGAGCUGCACAACUGAAGAAGGGCACGUUAAGUGUGACAUCCAUCAUCAAACCUUCAGUCUCUCUCCUAGUGAUUUUAUACCUCUCUUCUCUGUUGCCAUAGACACUGCCACUUCACACAUUGAGUCUACGCACCGGAUUGUGGUUUGGUGUUUGUAAUUAGGCUCGUCUUCUGAAUGUAAGGACUAAUGUGCACUUGCUUAGACACUGUAAUGCUUUCAUACUGCACUGAGAAACAGCAAAGGAAUUCAUAACCAAAGAAAAUAACUUGGAACCGUAAAUUAAAUUAGAUGUUUCGGAGCUGAGAGAACGAAGGCAAGCCAGGAACUUUUCUACCCAGACGAAAGCGAAGAGAAGAGGAACACAUGACUAUGUACAAGGAACACACACUGGUGUAGAAAAGUGUACACUAAAAGCUAUACGAGGAUUAGCAGUUCACAGACAAGUAGGAUAUAUACUGUAGAACUAAACUAAAUAAACUGACACAGAUCCGUACAUAUCACCAGUGAUAAAGUGGAACUUAUCGAGAGCCCUGUCCACUUGAAGCUGUCAAUCUCCAUAGAGCCUUGCCCAUAAGCUAGCUUCCAGUCAGUCAUUUCCGUUAAGCAGGUAAAACCUGGCGAACAUUUGCACAUUUCCUUGAGAAGCAAUUCAUUCUUGACCAGCAAAUUCGGUGAGGCCCCCGAACCGUUCCCCCCGUCAUGGCGAGCAUCACGCAGUCCUCCGACCCCGACAUCCCGGACAACCACAGGGAGAGCUGGCUGGCCCUGCUGUCCGCGGCGGAGGCCUACUGCCAGAAAUCGGGCUGCGACCUGGCCAUCCUGACCGCCAGCAAGAAGUUCCGGUCGCUGGCGGCGGAAGGAGACGGCACCAGGAAGUGGGACGGUGGCGGAGGAGGGCCCGGGAGCAGGAAGUGGGACUUCUCCUACCACGUGUGGGGCCAGGGGGCGCUGGCGGAGUCGUCGCGGCGCUACGUGGACGACAUCGCCGUGCUGCACUCCACCUCUGUCCUCACGGCGCAGAGGCAGACGCGCGGUGGGGGCGGGGACGGGGGCGGAGCCACUCUGGGAUUGGACACGCCCUCUGAGACUGGAACCCGUGGGGGCUUGACAGGGGAAGGCGGGGCCGGGACCGGGAACGUCAGCCCCAGCUCGCGGCUCUACUCGCAGAGCUACCCGUCAAUCUACAGCUCCAGCUCCGCCAUUGGCCAGGCCGCGGGCCAGAACGCCAACGGCAACGGGGAGCGGGAGCGGGACAGGGCGGCGCCCCAGGAGGGGGCGGGGGCCAGAGAGAGGCCGGCCGGGUUGGAAGAGGAGGACGAGGACGAGGAAGAGGAGGAGGAAGAAGACAUGGAAUCGAGGAGGGGGAACCUGAACGAGACUGCGGGAGUGUUCUCCAUGGACGAAGACUCCCUUUCUCGGGACUGCGAGCCCUUCUUUGAGUCCGACGGAGAAGAGGAGAGCACGGAUGGGUCGCUGAGUGAAGACGCCCCGCCCCCUCCUCGCAGCAUGGCAGUGGGACAGUUCUCUCUCUCCUCCCGUUCGCACCACCCCCUGUCAAUCGCCCGCUCGCUGCCCGUCACUGUGCCCGUGUGGGGUUACCGGGGCAACCGAGCCGCACAGGGAGACAGCCAUAGCGGAGAGCGGUCCGGCUGUCCCGACCUGGAUCACAUCGCCGCCAGCAUGCAGGCCCUGCUCGCACCCGGAGCCACCGACGGCACCGAGAUGUUCGGAGGACUCCCCCGGCCCCGCCUUAACACGGGGGACUUCUCCCUUAAACACUGAGAGAGAGAGAGAGAGAGAGAGAGAGGACGCACGCACAUGCUCACGCACACAGACACACGCACGCAGACACAGACACACGCACACACACCCUCUGGACACUACGGACACCCUCAUACAGUAAACCCCUCCAUACCAACAUGCUUACCGUAGAGCACACUAAUGCAGAGACCGUUGUACACUACAUUGAUACCUUGAGAGUAUGCUCUUUGGGUUCAUGGACUUGACUGACUGACUGUGAACUGCUCUCAGAGUAUACCCGCAAACCAUGGGCGUCCGAAUCCGGUCCUGGAAGGUUUGCUGUGUCUGCUGGCACUGAUUGGCUAGAGAGUCUGUACCCCCCUGUUCUCAAGGCUGCAAUUGGCCGGAACUGAAAGGAAACUACAAAUCCCAGCAGACACUGCAGCUCUCCAGCGCUGGGGGUUGACACCCGUGACGAAGACUUACUGACAGCACACAGACUGAGGUGUGGGAUACAUUUGCAACAGCGAUAAUGAGAGACCAUGCCGACUGCACUCUAUCACGCAUCUCACUGACCGCGACGACGUGUGUAUAACCUGGCUGAUUGACUCGCACCCUCGACAAAAAUGACCAGAAGAAAACCAUUUCAAAUAAUUCAAGUAAUGAGCUACAGUGCAGUCCGUAAAUAUUUGGGCAGUGACUCAAUUCUUUGUUGUUGUUUUGGCUCUGCACUCCAGCACAUUGAAUGGCAGUGAAAGUUAAACUAUGAAUAUGAGGUUAAAGUGCAGGCAGUUUCAGCCUCACGAUGGCCUGCUUUGUUGGCAUUGACACUUCUUUGGUCCUCAUGUUGAAAGACAAUCACAAAAAAAACUCUGACAUGCCUCGAAUCAACUCUAGAACUCUAACAUUGACACUUUGGUCCGCGUAUUGAGGGACAACCAUAGACCAAUGGAAAUGCCACGCCUAGAAUCAACUCUAGACUUUUUGUUAGUUUCCUUGUACAUGAACUACACACAGCUGGCCAAUAAGCCACUGAGCAUCCAAUUGUCCAAUUACUUUUGGUUCCCUAAAAUUUGGGGGGGGGGGGAAAUAUAAAAAUGGCUGCAAUUACUCCAUGGUUCACCCAGUAUGGGGAAUACCCGUGAAGCUGACGCUCUGCGCUUUAACCUCAUAUUGCUUCAUUUCAAAUCCAGUGCGCUAGACUACAGAGUCAAAACAGAAAUUGUGUCACUGUCCAAAUACUUGCGGACUGCACUGUACAUUGUAUGCUGAAAUGAAUUACGUUCUUUUAUACUAAUACAGUUGCCCAGAGAAAAUGAUUUUAUUUCCCAAAAAAGAUAGAUGUUUUUAAAAAAAAGAUUUUUAUCCCCCAUUUUUGGUCUUCUUGGAGACGGCUCCUCCCCAUUAUGCUCACUAAUCUCAUAAACACUAGAAGAGGAUUCAGUAGUGUUGCCACAGCAUUGCAAACAGGUGCGCCAAUACCUGUCACCUUUUUUUUCUUCUUUUUUUAUAAAGUAAUUGUUAAAAGAAAUUUUCUCUGAGCAGAUUUAUUCGUAUAAAUUAAUAUAAUUUACUCUUUUGGCGGGAAAUACAGCUCACGAGAUGUUUAUUUGUUACAGCCUUUUUUUGGUCAUUUUAUCGAGGUCGCCAGUGAUUUUUAGGAAGCACUGCGCGGACUCACAAGGACCGACCGCACGACGCGGAGCAUUAAUGUGACUGAAAUAAAGCGUAAAGCCCGACUUGCUGCGAAAGAGAGAGAGAUUUGCUACGAUAAAGAGAAAGGAAAGAAAGAGCGAGGGAUGGGUCCGGAAGAGAGCUGCGCCUGCUGAAUCUCCCGACAUUUCAAGCCGUUAAAUGUACGUGUACAUUUGAAAUAAAGAAGCCAAAUCAAUCA